UUUCGCUUUCUUACUCACAACCCAAACACCACCAAGUUUCUCUUUUCCUUUUACAAUUUUCUCUCUUCUUCUUCAUUUUUCGUCCCAUCGAACGAAUUUGAUUUUGUUCAUCAAGUGCCAAGGCCUAGUUGAUUUUUCUCAACAUCUGAUUGUCUGUUAUUGGGACUGCUGCGAGUUUUAGAAUUUUGUGAAAUUGAUAGUGCUUCGCAAACGGUGUUUGGCUUUUGUUGAAGGAAAAACAAAUCUUUUAAACUGAGUAGAUCGAUAGUCUUCACGGCUAUGGCUAUCCAUGAUGAAAAUGAUGCAAGUCCUUCAGCUGGUGUUUUCUCGUCAGAGAAUGCAAUUUCAUUGUGUGUCAAAUUGAAAGAUCAGUUCUCUUGUGGAAAUGACUUUUGUCCAAAGGUUAGGAAACCAUACACAAUCACAAAACAAAGAGAAAGAUGGACAGAAGAAGAGCAUAGGAAGUUCCUCGAAGCCUUAAAGCUGUAUGGCCGAGCUUGGCGAAAGAUCGAAGAACAUGUUGGAACAAAGACUGCGGUUCAAAUUCGAAGUCAUGCUCAAAAAUUCUUCUAUAAGAUUGCUCAAGAUCCUAAUGGCAGCAAUGUCAAUACAGAGGAAUCCAUUGAGAUACCUCCACCUCGACCCAAACGAAAACCUAUGCACCCUUAUCCCCGUAAACUUGCUCAUUCAACAAAGGAAGAACUAUCCAUUCCAGAGCAUUCAACAAAAUCUUAUUUAUCGCUUUCAGAGCAGGAUAACCAAUCUCCAAAAUCAGUGUUAUCUGCAAUGGGCUCAGAUACAAUUGGUUUAAGUGGGUCAAAUACACAAGAUGAAAGCUUGUCUCCAGUUUCAUCUUCUACGGGCAUCCAUGUUGGAAGCAUUUUAUUUUCAGAGCCCAACUCAUCCACCGAGGACAUUGGAUCUCCACCAGCGGCUGUAAAAGCUUCAGUUUCAUCUCCCAGUCAACUUCCUGUGAAACUUGAGUUGUUUUCCCAAGACAAUGCAUGUGCUAAAGGUACUUCAGCUGAAAUAGUAUCAGCCCGAAGCCUUACACUCUUUGGAACAAUUGUAUUUGUUGCUGAUUCCCACAGACCAUCUUCUCCAACCAUGGGGACUUGCAAACCACUGCCUUCUUGUGAGCAGGAGGAGAAAUUGGCACAACCAUUACCAUCACCUGUCACAGAGACAGAGUCUUCGACUGAGACUGCACAUUGUGUUUGGGGUCAUUUGCCUCGUGCAGUGCAAGCUCUUUAUCUCAUGCAUUUCCAAAAUGGAUUUCCCAAUCUUGUAGGAUCUGGUUCUGUAACUCCUAUGCCCUUAUGGCCCUAUUAUGGGGGUUUACCAUUUCCUUCAAAUAAUCAGGAUCAAGUAAAAGGAUCUUUAGAUUCUAAUCUUAGCGAAGUCCAAGAAGUAAAUGAAGAAGGAUCCUGGUCUGGUUCAAACACUGGUUCUUUGAAUUGUGAUAAGUGCUUAGAUGCUGAUUCUCAGAGUCGUUACACUUCCUUAGAAAAGGAAGAGAAAGAAGUAUCCAUUUUGGAGUGGAAACCAAGUUCAAGAUCAGCCUUCUCUCAACAUAAAAUAAGCUCUGAAAAGUAUAAAAGAGGAUUUGUUCCCUACAAAAGAAGCAGGGUUGAGACAGACAGACAAUCAUUAACGAUGAAAAGCCAAGAGAGGCAAGAAAAUAGGAUACAGCUCUGCUUAUAGGAUCCCUCUUGAAUUUUUCCAUUCUAUCAUUUAUAUUAUUCAUAGAUGAUUUAGUCUGUAAUUUAGGAUAUAUAACAUUCUCAGCAACUGGACGAUUUGGAACAAAAAAGGAAGAGCAUAGCACCCGCAAUUUUCUAUAGAUUUGCAUAGUAUAUAUAUGUAUAUCCCUAUUCUGUUAUACACACAUAUAUAUAUAUUUAUAGAAAUACCGUAUUUGGAUUAGCUCCCGCAUUGUUUCCAGUUACUUUUCUACCAUAUGUACCUUAGAUCUAUUUUUGUCUAUGCAUGUGUUCUGGUCAAAAUCUCCCGAAGAACAUACUUUCUAUAUUCAGAACAAUUAACUUUCUAUAUCAGAACAAUUAAUCUU